GCGGUUUUAUUGCUCUAGAAACACAAUUUCUUUACAGAAUAAAAGAAGGCAUCAUCAUGAACUCCCUGAACCAACAGUACGAGGAGAAGGUGCGUCCCUGCAUUGACCUCAUUGACUCUCUUCGCUCUCUGGGUGUAGAGAAGGACUUGGCUCUGCCUGCUAUCGCCGUGAUUGGAGACCAGAGCUCGGGGAAGAGCUCCGUGCUGGAGGCGCUGUCAGGGGUGGCUCUGCCAAGAGGGAGUGGAAUCGUGACAAGAUGUCCUCUGGAACUGAAGAUGAAGAGAAAGAAAGAAGGAGAGGAGUGGUACGGAAAGAUAAGCUACCAGAACUAUGAGGAAGAGAUAGAAGACCCUACAGAGGUGGAGAAAAAGAUUAGAGAAGGUCAGGAUAAAAUGGCUGGGGUCGGGGUGGGGAUCAGUGAUGACCUCAUCAGUCUGGAGAUCGCCUCUCCUGAUGUUCCAGACCUGACGCUCAUUGACCUGCCCGGCAUCGCCAGAGUGGCUGUAAAAGGACAACCAGAGAACAUCGGGGAUCAGAUAAAGAGGCUGAUCCAGACGUUCAUCACAAAGCAAGAAACCAUCAGCUUGGUGGUCGUUCCGUGCAAUGUGGACAUAGCGACCACAGAGGCUUUGAACAUGGCCCAGCGGGUGGAUCCUGAUGGAGAGAGGACUUUGGGUAUCUUGACAAAGCCUGAUCUGGUGGACAAAGGCACAGAAGAGACGGUGGUUGAAAUUGUCCACAAUGAGGUCAUCCACCUGAAGAAGGGCUACAUGAUCGUUAAGUGCAGGGGUCAGCAGGAGAUCACAGAGAAGGUGUCUCUUACUGAAGCAACAGAAAGAGAGGCAGCCUUCUUCAAAGACCAUGCAUAUUUCCACACUCUCUACCAUGAUGGUCAGGCCACUGUUCCUAAACUGGCUGAGAAGCUCACACUCGAGCUGGUGCAUCACAUUGAGAGAUCCCUGCCUCGACUGGAAGAGCAGAUAGAGGAGAAGCUAGCACAGACCCAUGCAGAGCUGGAGAGAUAUGGCAAUGGACCCCCAUUGGAUACAGCUGAGAGACUCGUCUUCCUCAUUGAUAAAGUGACAGCAUUCACUCAGGAUGCCAUCAGCCUGACUGGGGGAGAGGAACUCAAGUGUGGAGACAGGCUCAACGUCUUUUCUACACUCAGAAGAGAGUUCGGGAAGUGGAAUGCCCACCUGGACCGCUCAGGAGAAAACUUUAACAAGAAGAUUGAGAAAGAGGUGGAGGGCUAUGAAGAGAUGUACCGUGGAAGAGAACUGCCGGGAUUCAUCAACUACAAGACCUUUGAGGUCAUGGUCAAGGAGCAGGUCAAACAGCUGGAAGAACCAGCCGUCAAGAGACUCAAGGAUAUAGGAGAUGCUGUUAGGAAGGUGUUCAUCCAGCUGGCCCAAAGUAGCUUCACUGGAUUUCCUAACCUCGUGAAAACAGCCAAGGCAAAGAUCGAAGCCAUUAAGCAAGAAAAACAGUCCACUGCUGAAUCCAUGCUAAGAACCCAGUUCAAGAUGGAGCUGCUUGUUUACUCUCAGGACAGGACCUACAGCAGCAGUUUGAGCGACCGCAAGAAAGAGGAGGAGGAGGACGAAGACACACGACAGACAAAGACCCAUAAAGCACCAUUUCAUGUUGUGCACAGAAGGGAUAAUUAUGCAACACUUCAGGAGCUCAUGUUGCACCUCAAAUCAUACUACAAAAUUGCCAGCCAACGUCUGGCUGACCAGAUCCCGCUGGUGAUCCGCUACCAGAUAUUGCAGGAGUCCGCCAUCCAGCUGCAGAGGGAGAUGCUGCAGGUGCUUCAGGACAAGGAGAAUAUGGAGUUCUUGCUGAAGGAGGACUCCGACAUUGGCAGCAAGAGGGCUGCUUUGCAGAAUCGCCUCACACGCCUCAUGAAGGCCCGCGCAUACCUGGUCGAGUUCUAGAGGAGGUCAAGGCGUAACAGCACCUCUUUUUUAUUUGACAAACACAGAACAAUUGUAGUAGGAUUGUUAUACUAUUGUGUUGUAUGUUUUACUGUGUCCAUUGUAGAAUGGACACAUUUGCUUAAGAUAAGUCCGCUAAGUCAGAACAGAUGUCAGCGCAUGGGGAGUUGUUUUAAAUGUACUGCAAUAUGUAGCAAAUGCAAUUUUACAAUAUAUUUGUUUAAAUAAAGGAUUUGGCCUUG